AUGGCUAUGAGCCUUUUGCAGGACUGGUGCAGGGAGCUGAAGGUGGACGUGCGCAGGGCCCUGCUGGUCACCGGCAUCCCCCAGGGCCUGGAGCAGGCGGACAUCGAAGCGGUCCUGCAGCCAACCUUCCUGCCCCUGGGCACGUUCAGGCUGCGGAACACGAGGGCCAUGAGGAACGGGAAGGCCAAGGCCGCCCUGGUGGAGUUUGUGGAGAACAUUAAUCACGCCGCCAUCCCCAGGGAGAUCCCGGGCAAGGACGGGGUCUGGAGGGUUCAUUGCAAGGAGCGUGGGCAAGACACAAGAUUCCUGAGGCAGAUGAAACGCCUGCUGCUGGACGAAAGGCCUGCGCAGGUCAGGGUGUCCAAGGCCCCGGGGGACACGCCCACCGCUCCCGCUUCGGAGACGCAGGCCCAGGGGUCCGGGCAGGCAGCCGGGAAGGCGGGCCCCCCUUCUGGGGCAGCCAGGAGCUCUAGGAGGGGCCGUCGGGGUCGCAGAAACAGAGCCAGAGGCAACAGGUUGACUCAGCAGGGUAGGAAGAGGGGCCGGGGAGGGCGCCCCUCCACUCCCGCGGAGAGCGAGUCGGACGACUCCUCCGACGAGAGCCUGGACUUCGUGAUCCGGGAGAUCGAGGAGGGGGACUUGACCGGGGACCAGGAUCAGAGCGCGCUGUACGCAGCGCUGCAGGCUGCGGCCAAGGAGCUCGCUAAGAAGUGGGCCCUCCAGAACGCCACGGGCGACGAAGACAGUCCCCGGGAGUUCCUGGCCCUGGUCACCGUCACCGACAAAACCAAGAAGGAGGAGACACAGAAAGAGACCCCUGGGGCCGAGUCUGUCCGCUCGAACACCAAACAAGAAGAGAGCGGUGUCCCGGACUUGGUGGCCCUACUGGCAGUGAGAGACACCUCCGACGAGGAGCUGAUGGACAGUGACGCCUCGGAGACCACCUCGCAGGACAGCGAGGAGCAAGAAAACGAGGGGAUGGACAACCCCGAGUUCGUGGCCAUCGUGGCAUAUACAGACCCCUCCAUCCCCUCGGCCAGGGAAGAGAUGCUGAAAAUCGCUUCUGUGAUCGAGUCGUUGGGCUUGAGCGACAAGAAAGACAAAAAAGAUGCCCUUCCGCAGGUCUUGUCAGUCAUGUCCAAGGACACCUCCGGGACCCGCGUGAAGGUGGAGGAGGCAGGCCGCGCGGUGGACGCCGUGAUCUUGAGGAAGGCCCAGGACGACGGGAACCUUCUGGAGUGCAUUUCGACCCUGGCCGAGCCAGAGAUGCCCUCCCAGGGCGGGGAGGCUCAGCGCGGCCUCCUCGGGGGCUGGGGCAAGGACGGCGACGAGGAGGGCGGCCUCCUGGAGCUGGUGGCGCUCCUGGCCGCCCAGGACAUGGCAGAGGGCAUGACGGCGGAGGAGAAGCAGAAGGCCUGGGAGGGCGGGCAGUACGGAUACGCCGAGGGCAAACUGGGGGAGGUCUUGGCUCUCCUGGCCGCCCGCGAGGAGUCCGGGGAGGCUUCGGACGAAGAGUCGCAGGAGGAGUCGGAGGAAGCGGAGAGCGAGGAGUCGGAGCCCGAGGACCCGGCGUCCAGGAAGCCCCGCGCCAAGAGGGCGCGCACGGGUCCCCGGGGCCCGGCUCAGCAGAAGCCACCUCCCCGCCGAACGCAGGUGCCCGGCUGUGCCUGUGCCGCUGGCGCGAGCGAUCCUGACGGAACAAGCCCUGAUGGGGGAAGGAAAAGAGAAACGGGCCCAGAGGCAGCAGCCGCGGGGGCUGAGACGCUGGUCGGGGGUACCCCGAGUGCGGGUGGCUGUGGGGGCCCGGGUCGGGCCCCGACACCUGCUCCUGGCCAGCGCAGAAGGCCGCUGCUGUCCCCCACCCCGACUGAUUGGGCCUGGGGUCUUGGUGUCGGGGUGGAGCUGAGCGCUGAAGGCAGAAGCUCGCUGAUGAGGAGAGGAGAUGAUUCCAGAAAGGAAAGCCUGGACACCCAGGUGCGGAAGCUGGCUGCGGACGCUUCUCCGUGCUCAGAAGCUGCCCCCCUCCUGGCUGCAGGGGACUCCCUGGACAGUGAGCAGCCCAAGGAGGAGCAGGAGAGAACUGCCCUGUCGCUGAUCUACACCCAGCGACCUUUGCUUCUCCGGUGA